GACUAGACUCAUGAAUGAUUGCUUAAAAAUUCAGUUGGAUAAGGAUCUAUGGAUUUCUUUCAAUUUCUUAUAUACAAGUUUUUAUUCGACUACAACAUCAUUUGAGGUUGGGGGGAAGAAGCGACUUAAUUUGUUCGUUUUGAAUCAAUACCAGCACAAAACGAGCGACCAGAUCGACACUACAGUUUUGAACGAGCAAGAAACCUUACCUUCGGAUUAUCAAGCAUCACAAGAAAGCGACUGGAUUCUUUUAUCAACGAACAAUAAUGGUCUGGCAUCACUCAAAACCAGCGAUGAGGCAGUUAAGAUGAUCAAUCUAUCGAUCUAUCGAAGAGAUCAAAGAGAGUAUACCAGGAUCAGUCCUUUAACGUCUAAAACCGGAUCGGUCAAUAAUACAACAGCCAUGAUUACUUAAACUAGUAUUGGAAAUCAACAUACAAAACCGGUUUUGGGGUUUAGUUCUAUCAACAAGGGGUGAAGUCUGUACAGGAAGCGAAGGCGAGAACUGAUGGAGGGGAUAGUUGAGAAGGAAGGGGAGAAGUGAUGAUGGAGUUGGGGGAAGAGGAGACUGAAGCGAAGGACGAGUCCUUUAUAUAGGCAGGAGGUUGGUGAGGGGAAGAGUCAAAGUCAAAUCGUUUUCCCGGGGGACCCCAUUGAUCCCCC